AUGGAAACUAACAUCUCAGAUCCUUGGAAGAUCAAAAUUCCCGUCUACGAUGGCACCACCAACCCCAAGGCGCAUCUGCAGUCUUACCAGAUCGCGAUGGGAAGGUGCAAACUCAAGGAACGCGAACGAGACGCUGGCUACUGCCUCCUCUUCGUCAAAAACCUCAAAGGAGCCGCACUUGAAUGGUUUUCUCGUCUGAAACGAAACUCCAUCGGAAGUUUCCGUCAGCUCGCCUCGGAGUUUCUCAAACAAUAUUCCAUGUUCAUGGACAUGGAAACCUCAGACGUUGACCUUUGGAGUCUAUGUCAAAGAGAAGACGAACCACUCCGCGAAUUCAUGAACAUGUUCAAGCUGGUAAUGGCAAGAGUCACUGGAAUCAGCGACAAAGUGGCAGACGACGCUUUGCGGAAAACUCUCUGGUACAGGUCGAAACUCCGGCAAUGGAUAUCCCUUGAAAAACCGAGAACAAUCCAGGACGCUCUUCACAAGGCAACGGACUUCAUCAUGAUGGAAGAAGAGAUGAAAGUCCUCUCCCAGAAGUACAACCCGCAGAAGACGUCCGCGAGAAGGAAAAACCCUCGCAACGACAGGUAUGUCCACCACGAGGGAGAAGAUCUCCAGGGCGAGCAUAAUUACGCUAUCAACUCCGAACAGGGAAAGACUUCCGGAAAUACCUGGACCAGGAACCUGUUCAAGAAUAAUUCCUACUGCGAGUUCCACCUGACCAGAGGUCAUUCCACUAUGAACUGCAAGGUUCUCUGCGCAAGGCUUGCAGCGAAGCUCCUCUCCGGCGAAAUUUCGAAGGUCACAUGCAUAAAAGACCUCCUCCUGGAUUCUGAUCGCCCUCCCAAAACUGAUAAAGAGUCCCCCGAAAACGACACCCGCGAAAAUCAGUCGGGCAAGAAAUGCGGAAGGAGGCAGGAUGACCGAGGAAACGACAACAACCGUCGAAGGGUGAGCAUGAUCAUCGGGGGAUGGUAA